UUCCAGGCUGCAGAUGCCAGGAAGGAGCCUAGAGGUGACUUUUGCUUACAGUCAGGCACUCGAUAACCCUGGUCUGAUGCCCUUUCGGAUGUCCCAGUGAGAACUCUYAGAGAUGCCUAUUCUCUCAGGAGGCAGCGACCAAGACUAUAGUAAUAUUAGCUACAACUCUUGCAAUUCUUUGAGCCAUUUCUUUCCUGUGUCYGUCGAAACCCCUUCUGUCAAAGGGGUCCAUUACCAAAGAGCCAGGAGGAUUUUCCGUCCUGACCAAGUCUCCACAGUUGAUCUAAAGACAGAGAUCAUGAUAAACGUGGGAGGAAUCAAAUACCURCUACCUUGGAGCACUUUAGAUGAAUUUCCCCUGACCAGACUGAGCAAACUAAAGUUUUGCAGCACCUACGAAGAGAUUAUACAGCUGUGUGAUGACUACGAUGAAGACACCCACGAGUUCUUCUUUGACAGGAACCCCAAUGCUUUCGGGAUGAUCGUGAGCUUUCUGGCAGCAGGGAAGCUGAUGCUCUUACGAGACACGUGUGCCUUGUCUUUCCAGGAGGAGCUGAGGUACUGGGGCAUUGAGGAAUCCAACCUGGAGAACUGCUGCUUCCGAAAACUCUUCCAAAAGCUGCAGGAGUUGGCUGAGAUGCGCAAAGAGGAGCAGCUCCGCAAGAGCAAAGAAGCCGCGUGUGUUCUGGAUGAGAAAACUAAAUUUGGACAGUUUAUGAACAGACUCAGAGAUAUGGUAGAAAAUCCCCAGUCAGGACUUCCAGGCAAAGUCUUUGCUUGUCUCUCCAUCCUCUUUGUGGCCACCACAGCUAUAAGCCUUUGUGUUAGCACUAUGCCCGACUUAAGAGCCGAAGAAGACAGGGGCGAGUGUUCCCAGAAGUGCUAUUACAUCUUCGUCAUAGAGACCAUCUGCGUGGCGUGGUUCUCCCUGGAAUUCUGCCUCCGAUUCAUUCAGGCAAGGAGCAAGUGUCAGUUCUUCAAAGGGCCCCUGAACAUCAUUGACUUCUUGGCUAUUUCGCCCUAUUACGUCUCCCUCAUCCUGACAGACGAUGACUCAAGCAAGGAGGUGGAGAGGUCAAGCAGCAAUACGUACUUGGAGAAGGUGGGUUUGGUGCUACGGGUUCUACGUGCCUUGAGGAUCUUGUAUGUGAUGCGCCUUGCCCGGCACUCCUUGGGCUUGCAGACGUUGGGCCUCACAGUCCGGAGGUGCACGCGGGAAUUCGGGCUGCUUUUGCUCUUCUUGUGCGUGGCCGUCACCUUGUUUUCUCCCUUGGUCUAUCUUGCUGAGAAUGAAUCUGGGAAGGUGCUUGAAUUCACAAGCAUCCCUGCCUCGUACUGGUGGGCUAUCAUUUCCAUGACCACGGUGGGCUAUGGAGACAUGGUACCGCGGAGCGUUCCGGGGCAGAUGGUGGCUCUGAGCAGCAUCCUCAGCGGGAUUCUCAUCAUGUCGUUUCCCGCCACAUCCAUAUUCCACACCUUCUCCCAUUCCUACUCCGAGCUGAGAAAGGAGCACGAACGAUUGCAGUCUCGGAUGAACAGAACAAAAAAUGCCAACCAAACUGGAGAAAGUGACACCUUCAAUGAGACCGACAGUCUGACCCUGGAGGAGCCAGUAUCUCCCAUCAAAUACAUCUACACGGGGAACUAAACCUUGCUGGAAACCCUUCCCGGGAAUAGGAAAAUACACAUGUCUGUCAGUGUAACAAAACAAAGCAACACUGUAUGUUAUGAUGCAAUUUUUCCUCCUCAUAUACAUAGGUAUAAGAAGGGCAGUCAAGCCAACCCAGGUGGCUCCAACACAUUGUUAUGCAGUUGGAGAUUGAGAAUAUCAAAAGCCAGAGUUUAUUCAACAGCAAAUACUCAUUCUUCGCUAUGACUAAUGUUACUACUCAACUCUCUCUCUGCCAGUCAUGUAUCUUGCUGAAUACCCAAUACGGAAUGAGUAACAACCAACAUAGCUUCUGAUGGCACAAAUACACUUGUUAUUUUAUUUGCCUUGGGGCUUUCAAUGCUCUUUGCAAUUAACACCUUGAGUCAAGCAUUAGAGUGGGUUCCUUCAGGCCUAUGCACCAGUGUGUUUUUUACAAUGCUCAUAACCAGGCAUACAGAAAGCUCUUCAGUACAAAUAUGCAUCCUAUAUCUAAAGCCACUAAAAAGCUUAAAAUAUAAGCACUAUGUGUGAAAGCUUUCAGAGUUUGCCUGCCGUCAGAUGGCCGGUCUAUAAAUAACAAAUUGCACUGCUGUUGUAAAUUACUACAUAGUGCUUGCAAGAGAAUUUGCUUGAAAGGCAGUUGCAGUCUGCCCACUGUAAACAUUUCAUACUAGAUAGAAAAAGUUUUAAAAUUUGU